GGAUUUCUAGUGACUCUCUUUAUUUCAGCCAAACACACAUAUAACACACACGCGCGCGCGCACACACACACAUGUGGAGGAUUUGUGUGUAUUUCUGCAGCUGAUCCGCGCGGUUUUCGGAGCGCUCACACACACACAGACACACACACACACACUGCAUGAAUCUCCUCCAGCGCGGGCUGAAGAUGAGUGUGUCCGGAGCUCCGAGCCCGAGUCUCUCCGAGGACUCCGCCGGCUCCCCGUGCGCCUCCGCCGGCUCGGGAUCGGACAGCGAGACCCCCCGCGCAGAGCCGCCGCUGCACAGGGACGAGCAGGAGAAGUUCCCGGUGUGUAUCCGGGACGCGGUGUCGCAGGUGCUGAAGGGCUACGACUGGUCUCUGGUGCCCAUGCCGGUGCGGGUGAGCGGCUCCGGGAAGAGCAAACCGCACGUCAAGAGACCCAUGAACGCGUUUAUGGUUUGGGCUCAAGCCGCGCGGAGGAAACUGGCGGACCAGUACCCGCACCUGCACAACGCGGAGCUCAGCAAAACACUCGGCAAACUCUGGAGACUGCUGAACGAGGGUGAGAAGCGUCCGUUUGUGGAGGAGGCGGAGCGGCUGCGGGUCCAGCAUAAGAAAGAUCAUCCAGACUAUAAAUAUCAGCCCAGACGGAGGAAAUCAGUGAAGAGCGGUUCAGCAGAGUCAGAGGAUGGGGAGCAGACGCAGAUCUCCACCAAUGCGCUGUUCAGAGCCCUGCAGCGGGCAGAAACACCCGACUCCAGCACCGGCGAGCUGCACUCUCCUGGAGAACACUCUGGUCAGUCUCAGGGCCCCCCCACGCCGCCCACCACCCCUAAAACGGAUCUGCCGGUGUGCAGUAAAGCAGAUCUGAAGCGGGAGCGGGAGCGAGACCGAGAGCGCCCCCUGCAGGACGGCAUUGACUUCGGUGCGGUGGACAUCGGCGAGCUGAGCAGUGAUGUCAUCUCCAACAUAGAGGCCUUCGAUGUCAAUGAGUUUGACCAGUACCUGCCUCCGCACGGGGCCCCGGGGCCGGCCGGUGCAGGGUUCCCCAGCGGGUACGGCAGCGCAGCCUGGAUGCACAAACCGCUCGCUAGUAGCUCCAUGGCUAACAGUGGUGAGCAGCACCAGCAGAGGGCGCAGAUCAAGACGGAGCAGCUGAGCCCGGGCCACUACAGUCAGCAGCCGCCACAGCAGCAGUUCUACAGCGCCCCCUACAGCCGAGCGCAGUAUACAGAGUACAGCGAGCAGCACAGCUCCUACUACAGCCCGUACCCCGCAUUCAGCUACAGCAGACCCCCGUACACCCCUGCAGCGGCAGCCGACACUGCACACACACACCACUGGGACCCGCAGCCCGUCUACACACAGCUGUCCAGACCCUGAGCAACACUGGACACACACACUCGCGCGCGCACUGCUAGAGAUGCUCUAAAGUCCGCCUGAAUCACUAUCGGCAGUGUCUGUUUUGACAGCUCACAUCGUUAUUCUUAAUGUGAAGGGUUACGCUUGUUUCGGUAAUCUUUAAUCAAAGUCUGAGCGUCAGCUUCAGUGUGUGGACCGGCGCUCCUUCUGAUAAUGUUAACCUGAGGGUUUCUAUAGCAACUGCAUAUCUCUAUUCUUAACUACACCUGUCUGAACCGUUCUAUGAGGGAAUGAUGCGCGCUAAACAAAGCCCCGCCCUCUACUCAACGUCUGUUUUGGUAAUCUUCAAUCAAAUCUAAGCAUUUACUUCUGCAUCUGGAGUGACGGUCCUUAUGUUAACGUUAACCUGAGGGUUUCUAUAGUAACCCUAUAUCAAUAUUCUUAGCCACGCCCCUCUUACCGUUAGUCUGCUAUGAGGCAGAGAGGGGGAGAGAGAGAUAGGUGCACUAUUCCAAAAUGUCCAAUCAUCAGCUGAUUCAUAUAGACUCACACAGGUCCAGGAAGUUCUUUAAAUAAUGUUUGAUAACUAUAAAACACACACAAUCUCAAUUUUUAAAACGUUGUACCUUUCAAAAGUGAUAAACAACUGUAGCUGUGUAUGCUCAUUUCCAGGAACUAUUGAAAGGCUCGAUGAGCUGCCAUUGCUGUUAAUAGAACUGACUAUUGGAGUCAAUGGAGUUUUCUCAACUCUCUCUCUCUCUCUCUCUCUCUCUCUCUCUCUCUCUCUCUAUGGCUCUGCUAUGAGGGAAGGGGUCUAAAAGAAAGCCCUGCCCCCUUUGUGUGCUAUGGUAAUCUUCAAUUUACUUCUAUAUUUGUAGUGGCUCCUUCUGUUGACCUCAAUCUGAGGGUUUCCAUAGCAACUGCAUAUCAAUAUUCUUAGCCACGCCCCUUUUAGUGUGCUAUGAGGGAAUGAUGUGCAAAAGAAAGCCCCGCCCCCUACUCAAUAUUCCGUUUCAGACGGACGUACGUCAGCACACUGAAUUUAAGGCCUCGGCUGCUUCUGGUUCAGGCGGACUGUACAGUGCUGAAAGAGCAGAGCGGCUCCCGACCGUGCCUUCUACACAGCGCUCGGAGCUGGGAUUAUAUUUUUCUAGAUAUAAUGAAACAAAGAGAAUUCCUCUGUGAGGACAGCCUGGAGAUUGUUAUUUUAGUAUGUACUGUGUAUGUGUGGCUCUCAGCGUGUUGGGUCGGGGGUUUAUUCGCUCCUCCCCGACCGCGGUCAGCAUAUUUUUGUAAAGACUCUUUAUCUGCUGGACGUGUCGUCUCCUCUGUGUAUAUUGGUGUGGGGCUUCAGCUCAUUCUACAGUCUGAAACGCCAAUGCUUGUAGAGUCCGUGCCUGAGCGUCAAUCAGUUUCUGUGAAAAACACACUGCCUUCAUCCGCCUGUGCCUAUAGACACGCACACACACACUGCUGGAGCUCAAACAGGAAGUGACCUUUGACCUAAGGCUGACCGGAGCCCAGCAUUGGUCAGAGUCUUAACCUCUUUAAUUUAUUCAUUAGUCUUGAUUUGACUGGAAAGUAAUACUGUUUUGCCUUUUAUUAUUGACUUUGGUUUGGUGCGACUAAUUUGUGACGAGUUGUUCUGCAGAGAUGAUUACGAUUUAGUAAACUUUAACCGUCUCCUUUAUUUAUCAUUGGUUAAUGUCUAAAACUGUUGUUUUGAUAAUCUAGUUGAGUGCAGAUGACUUACCAUUGUGGACAUCUUCAUAGAAACAACUGGAAUGUGUUGCUGUUGCUGUUGUGUGGGUUAUUAACAUGUGGACUUCAUAGAUCUCUAUGAGAGCACCAGCAUUUCUGUCAAGCCCCAUUCUGUGUGUGUCUGUCAAAUAAAACACGCCACCCUCUUCAGAGAAGCUUAUCUUUUGUAUCAUAUUGUUUGCAAUAAAAAGAAAGAUACUCCAAA